UUUAUUGUAUUUUAUAUUUUUGUCAAUUUUUUCUUAAAAUAACGCUGUUAAGGUGGGAUAAAGCCGCUUUAAAAGCAAGAUAAGAAGGCUGCGCUUUCUGUCUUACAGUUUUACAAUUGACAGCGGGCCUCAGCUUGACAAACGUAAACAUUCUUAUCGCAAUAAAUAUGGGCGGACAUCAUCACGGUGAACCCUACACAGUGCCGCAUGCCUCCACCUACAAGGUGGAGAAUGUGCCCCAACUCGUGGAGGUGAAGGAGGCGCUCGGCCGCCAGGGACUGAAGGAUCCAUGGCUGAGGAACGAGGCCUGGCGCUACGAACCCAAGGCCUUUGGCACGCACAGAUCCCGCCUGACCACCUUCAUGUUCCGCGGCCUAGGAGUCGGAUUCUGCGCAUUCCUGGCCACCGUCGCCGUGGAGUAUGGCCUGGGCAUUGGCAAGGGCCAGGGCGGCCAUGGACAUGGUCACGGCCACGAUGAGGGACACCAUUAAAUAGCUAAUUGAUUAAA